UCACCUCACCUAGUUGUGCGUUGUGAUGGUGCAGUGUGGUUGUACGUAUUAGGAGCAGCUGUUGUGAUAGAGACAACGUUUUUUGCAAGUAAGCUUCUACAAAUCAUUAACACAAAACAAACAGUCACAAAGGAAGUCUGCUGUUAGAACAUCGCCACAAUGAUGUCCAUCCGUUUUAUGAUUCGAAUACAUUUAAGGUUACACAAAGUUCCUGCAUCUGUGCCUGUAAGAUACUGCAGAAGGCCUUCGAAAGCAUAUGAGCCAUAUGGGAAAAUAGGAAGCGGAAAUCACGGAUCAACUCUCGCGAAGCAAACAAGUAUCUACACAGAUCCAGUGCGAGACAGGAUUCUGAACAGGGCCAAAGCCAUUCCAUUUACUGCAAAAGAUUCAGUGUUUAACAUUGGCGACUAUGGGGCAGCUGAUGGUUCUGCUUCCAUGGUCUUUAUUGGGCAGCUGUUGGCAACUCUGAAAGAUCAGCAUGGUCCAGACACUCAGUUCCAGAUCAUCUAUGAAGACACAGAAGUCAAUGAUUUCAAUUCACUUUUCAAACGUAUGUCAGGAACAAUUCCUGAUUCUCCAUCCUACCUUCUGGAAAAGGACAACGUCUAUGUUCUCGCUUCUGGGACAGACUUCUAUAAACAAUGUGUACCUUCAAAUUCAAUGCAUUUCAUUAUGUGUAUGAUCUCUGUGCACUGGUUAUCGAAGACUCCAGUGAAGUAUAAUGACUCAGUUUACAAAUACCCUGAAAGUAGUACUGAAGAGAAGAUGGCUUUAGAUCGACAGGCUGAGGUGGACCUGGACACAUUCUUACUUUUGAGAAGUAGGGAAAUGAAACAGGGCGGACUGCUUGUUAUUUGUGUUGGCUGCGAGUUUGAAGAUAUGAACAGUGGAGAAGUCAAGUAUACAGUUGAAACAAUGAUAACGUUGCUCACUGAGACAUGGAAGGAAUUUAGAGACUCCGGAAAAAUUACUAAAGACGAAUUUGUGAAUACAAAUUUCUCAAUUUGCCUUUAUAAAAUGGAUCAGUUGAGAAAACCAUUUGAUGACAAAUUGUCAGCAGUUUCACAAUCAGGUCUCUGUCUCUUGUCAGCUGAAACUGUUAUUAUCCCUGACAUAUUUUACACCACUUGGAAGGAAAAAAAGGACAAGGAAGGGAUUGAUGACAGGGAAGAGUUUGCUAGACUGUACGUGGCGGCCCAUAGGAACUGGAGCAACAGUACCUUCAUGAAUGGUCUCUCAGACAGUCGCUCACGUGAGGAGAAGGAGAAGAUAGUUGCUGAUCUCUAUGACAGAGUAGAAAAGCGAAUGUCAAUGAUAAACCCCGAAGAAAUAAAGGAUGAUUUGCAAGUCAUAUUUCUUGUAAUCACAAGAGAAUAAUCCGCUUACAAAUAAUCAAGAAUAGUGAGACCUAUAACCUUGAUCACCGGCGUUCACACAUAGUAGAAGCUAAUAGGGUCUCAAGUCUAUGUUUCCGACCCUUGAAGAUCCGACUUGCUGACUUGGUGGACACAUGUCAUUGUAUCCCAAUUGCGUAGAUUGAGGCUCACGAUGUUCAUCACUGGAUUGUUUGGUCCAGCUUCGAUCUUUUACAGACCGCCUCCAUAUAGCUGGAAUAUUGAUCAGUGCGGCGUUAAACAACCAUCCAACCAAGAUAUUCGUCCAUCUUCCAAUGUAAACACUUGGGUAAAGUAGAAAUAUUACGAAGGAAUAAAGCUAUUUCCAAAUUUAUAUUCAUAGUUUAUCAGAACUAGAAACUAUUCGCAAUUUACAUUGUGCUGAUGACGCAGACAUGAUCACUAGAAAAUAUGAAGACCAAAUGGCACCACAGGUUUGGAAAAGUUGUCUCUUCUUUAGGAACUAUUGAGGCAAGCCAUAGCAACAAGAAGACUAUAUACGGUGUCGUGGAAAGAAAUCUGACAUUAGUAACUUUUGCUGCUGGAUGAGUCUGCAAAGGGUAACAGCUCACGAUGUGGACAGGAGAGAAUGCAAACACCUGGUAUCAUCACCAGUUGAUGGUGAUUCAUAAACACAUGCUCUGUCGUAGUAUCUCAUUGUGUAAAUCACUGUUUCAUCUUCGUGUAGGAACAAAUGUUGUUUUAUUGAUAGACAGGUGUUGCUGAACAUGUCUUUGGCAGCUCAUGACGUACACCCACUACUUCCUUCUCCCAAUAUUCUUUAUAACGAUACCAACAUAAUCCUUGACUUCGUUAUCGUUGACAAUUACAACUCGCACAGUUAUUCAGGUGUGGACCCCUAAUAGUGACAGCUGGCAUAAUAACUUUAACAUCUCUAAGAAUGCUGUCGAAACAUGUGCCAACAAUGGCACGAAGGUAAAUAGGACCAUACUGAAUGUGUUUGAGAUGGGACUGUCUGUGUGUGAUGGUGUCAUUGGUGGAAGGACAGACUGACCCCAGGACAAGAAUUGGAAAAAACUUUGUAUGUCCCAGCAAGGCGACGUGUAUUAUCUACCACUGGGUGAUGCGACGUGUCGAUACAGAUUCCUGUAUCGCUGUCAAGCAGGUAUGACAAUAUGACAAUUCGAUACAAAAAUCUGUAUCGAAAGGUCGCAUCAUCUGAAUAAAGAAGUAGUUCCUCCGUAAAAUAGUUCGUAUCAGCUGUAAAUUUCAGUAGUAGAAUAGUACUGAGCACUACCUUUGACCAAAUGCAUGAACAGCGUCUACCCAGAAACUCUUUUAACAUGCUGCUUAAUUUAGAUAAUCGUAGUUAUGCAACAUGGACAGCAAAUAUAUGAUAUCUGUUAUUUUCGUAGGGAUUUGUAUUUGUGUUGAUUUUCUAAGGUGUUGGUAACGAGUGGCUGUUUAUGAACUCAGCCGGUGAGAAUUGGAUGAAUACCCUUUGUUAAGUUCUAGAUUUGAUGUAUAUAUAUAGAUCCUUUAAAACAAUGAUCUAACCUGAGAGAUAUCUAUCAAACAUUACAAGCAAGAAACUUAGAAACACAGUUAUUAGAUUUAGACUUGGUUUGACAGAUAUAAUGAUGAAUACUGGCCGUAACAGUCACUCGCCAAACAUCUCAGAUUUUGCCCUGUCUGUAUGGCGGAUAUCGAAGACGAAUAUCAUCUGUUAUUUAUGUUAUGCUGAUAUAAGAAAGGAGUAUAUUCCACAGAAAUAUUUGGGUCACCCUACAAGGGAAACACUUAGAAGAAUUGUAUCAUCAGAAGACGAAUCUGUCCAUGUAAAAUUAGCCCUGUUUUUAAAACAUUCGCUGUCGUUAAGGAAGAGUCUGAUAAUCUCACAAUGUUAAGAUGCAUUCAACUAUUUGCACUGUCCAUACAUUGCUUGUCAUUUUAACACUAUGUGUAUGGCCGGGACCUUAUGUAGAAUAAACCAUAUUGAUCUUGAGCUUUGA